AUGAUGCGACCGCGCGACCCCCGCAUAAGACAACGGAUUAAUCAGAUCUCCCAUAACCUUGAGACCGCCAACGAAACCGCGCAAGAGGGGCUUUAUACUUUCUCCCACAACUACAUAUCCCCGUGUCUUGCAUCCAUUGGAAACUGUGUGGCUGUAUGUACAGCACCUUGCCUCCCGAGCCGAGAAGACCACCUAAGGCGGAGACGACGUGGUCAAACAGAAGCAAACUUUGACUUCUACGACGACUGGGCCAAUGAAGAAGAAGACGAUGGCUUAAUUCGAUGGGGUUCUGGUGAACUUGACCGUCUCCUUGCUGGCAGCGGGCUGGCGCGGGGAGCUGCUGACCAGCCGCGUCGGCCCAGGAAGAUGAGCUACGGGACACGCAACACGAGGCGAAGGAGCACCGUGCACCUUCCGGACAAUCGCGACGACCCGACUGUAAUUCCUAGCUCUUCGCUCCUCGGCUUCCUCGAGCGCUUUCCAUGGAGAUUUGGUGCAAGGGGGGUCAAGUAUCGGCCUUCGGCUGCUGAUCUCCAAGAACACCCUGGUGCCCGGCGCUAUGCGCACGAAGGCGAGCCGCUCAUGGAAACUAUGGAUGUUGAUUAUGAUAACGAAAAUCAAUUGUCACCAACCCCUAAUAGCAGGAAUCGCAGUUCCACGCAAUCUUCUCGUGGAACGUACAACUCACUUAGGUCGCGCGGGGAUCUAUUCCCUAGUGAUGAGGAGGAAGAUGCUGUGCCCCUUGAUGAUGAGUUUGCACUUGCGUUCGGGCGCCGGGGAACGGGCUUGGAAUCGGAUGACCAGUCCAGGGCGAGGACUGAAAUCGCACAGUCUGCAUCCACGUCCAGCUUAGGCGCCUCAUCCUCGAAAAAGGCAAAAACGGAAGAAGAAGUGCUCCCCUAG